AUGGCCAACGAAACUGAGGAAACGAUGGAGCCUGUUCCAGAGGAAGAGACACCCACGAUGGAGCCUGUUCCAGAGGAAGAGACACCCACGCCAACCACAGGAGUGAAGAGGAAGAGUGAUUCCCAGGUCGCAGACGAAGGACGGAGAAAGGCUCUGAAGUUAACAGAGAAGGUGACUUCGGUCCUUCGACAGAUUGAAGAAAAGCAUAAGGGAGGGAAAAAGCCGAAGAUAAUCAUCUUGUGCUACAGGGGGUGUAGAAAAGUCAGCGAAAAGCAGCCCGACGCGGAUGAAGAAAAGCAGCCCGACGCGGAUGAAGAAAACCAGCCCGACGCGGAUGAAGAAAACCAGCCCGACGCGGAUGAAGAAAGUCUGCCCGACACGGAUGAAGAAAGUCUGCCCGACACAGAUGAAGAAAACCAGCCCGACACGGAUGAAGAAAACCAGCCCAACGCGGAUGAAGAAAACCAGCCCGACACGGAUGAAGAAAGCCAGCCCGACACGGAUGAAGAAAGUCUGCCCGACACAGAUGAAGAAAACCAGGAGGAGGCUCCCUCUACAAGUGACGACGCCUGUGACCCAGAAACCGAAGACCCUUCCAUAGAUGCUGCGUCUCUGGAAGAAAUGCCAGAGUAA